AUGGCAACUCCAUCCACCUUCUUCUUGCCUUGCCUUUUCCUGUGCAUGUUGGUUCUUCCUGACACGAGUCUGUCAGUCUCUCUGGACCCUGGCACAAAGCUCAAAAACAUCCCAGAGAACAACAACCAUCUUCAAAACCAAGAGCUAUGGCUGCAGCAGCCCAGAAACGGGCACCACCACAAGCAUGGCUUGGCCAAGAAGGAGAGGGUCCAUGCCAUGCCUUCCAGAGGGCGGCUGGCUGGGGAAGAGACCCUCAGAAUGGGUAGUGGAGCUCCAGCUGUGGAGGAGCUGGUGGCAGAGGGACAACCAGCAGCCCUGAAACAGAACAAGGAUGUGUUCCUGGGUUUGGAGUUGCCAUAUCCUGAGAGGGACAACCAGGCCCCUGGGGCUGAGAGAGGGAAGAAGCAGAACCGAGAGCAUCGGCGGCACGGCCGCAGGGACAGGCUGAAACCCCACAGAGGGAAGACUCCUGAUGGUGGGCCAAGCUCCCUGUACAAGAAACCUGAGAUCUUUGAAGAACAGUUUCAAAACCUCCAGGCAGAGGAAGCUACAAGUCUGACUCCCACCACGCUUCUCAUCACUGCACUGGAACUAGCUGCUUCCACAGAAGAACCUCCUGUUCUUCCAGCCACGUCCCCACGCUCACAGGCUCGGCUCAGGCAUGAUGGGGAUGUGAUGCCCACCCUGGAUAUGGCACUCUUUGACUGGACAGAUUAUGAAGAUCUCAAACCAGAACUGUGGCCAUCUGCUAAAAAGAAAGAGAAACGUCGCAGCAAGAGCCCCAGCAGUGGAAAUGAAACAGUGGCAGCUGAAGGAGAGCCAUGUGACCAUCACCUUGACUGCCUCCCAGGUUCUUGCUGUGACCUGAGGGAACACCUCUGCAAACCACACAAUCGGGGCCUUAACAACAAAUGCUACGAUGACUGUAUGUGUGCUGAAGGGCUGCGCUGCUACGCCAAGUUCCACCGGAGCCGGCGGGUGACGCGGAGGAAAGGGCGCUGCGUGGAGCCUGGCACUGCCAGCGGGGACCAGGGCUCCUUCAUCAACGUCUAA